GGAACGACUAACUUCAUCUCUGCCUCUGCAACCAAGGAAAAAGCUGUUGAGGUUGCUUUGUUCUCCGGCUUUUUGUGUCGUCGCCGUCGGGCAAUGGAGGUACGAGUUUGGUCGAAGAUCAAUGUCCGGCGGACAGGAGAUACGAGUGAGAGGGAAGCGACAUCGAUUCUAUUUGAGCGCGUGCCGUUUUUGUUCUGAGAUACUGUACUGAUGUGAAAUGACCUCGGAAUCGUUGUGCGAAGUCUGAUAUUUCCUAAGUUAUUUAUGAUCCAAGGUAAAGUAGGUAGAAUUUCAAAUGUUGGUUUUUGAUGCAUACUAACUUAUGCACUUACUAGUGCUGGAUCGGUUUUCAGAGUUGUAUUGUAUUGAAAAAAUUCUAUUUUCAAUCCAGUUCUGGUCUCAAAUACAUCUUUACUUGCGAGCACCCCGUCCGUCUCGGGUGGCAGCGUAGACAUGAAAUCCGCCAGUUCCUCAAGUAAGCGAGACCUCGGGGCCCAGGUCCACAAGACGGGCACCGAUGCGGGGGCAAUGAUGAGUAAGCUGGAGGAAGGACUGAAAAACCUGGAGCGCGAAAUAAACGCAGACAAGACCGGCCUCAUCGAAAUGAACACCCACCUUAUUGCGCUGCGGAAGGAGAAAGCCGCACUCGAGGAAAAAAUAAAGAACAUGCAAGACUAUUGCGAUUCACUCGUUAGCGAAGCAAGUAUCGGAGGUGUCCUGAAGCAGUUUGACGGUACUAUUAUUUGAGACCGAAAUAACUUUUCGCUUCUCGUUUUUGCAUCUGCAUAAAAUUUUUCUUUUUGAAAAUCAUUCGGGACGACCAUAAAUUCAUGCCUGAAGGUCAUAGGAAAAAGCAUCGAAAUCGGAAAAAAUCAAAUUCUCUUCAAUGCUGACAGCGAUGGAGGGCUACCUGAAAAAUGCCUAUGGAAAAGUCCGGGAGGGUCACGCAAAGGGAAUCGACAUGCUCAAGAAAGAAUUCGGGUACAUACCGAUGCUUCUUGUGAUGUUGAAGAUUAAGGCUUUAUUCAUUCGUUUGAACAGCUCGCAACGUAGAUUUUGAUUUUGUCGCUUACUAUCGCAGUGAUGCAUGUAUCGAUAGGAAGGAUACAGUGAGAUUCGAAUGACGGAGGGAACUCAAUACAGGAAAAAGAAUAUAGAAAAGACGAAAUUCACUAUUUUGAUGUGCAUGAUCUUCUUCAUCCAGGCAUGAAAAGCAAACGCAAUCUCGCAGGUAUCAUCCAGCAUACAAGCGCGGACACGCAAACGAAUUUUCAGCUUCCUAUUUCACACCUUCAAGCGAUCCCAACAAUCCCAACAAACGGUAAAGAAACAAGGAGCUCACGAGUUUCACUCAUUCACGACCUGCGCUUUUGCUGUCGCAGUCUCAGUCUACAAAGAAAUGCCUCUCGUGAUGAACGGAUCUUACUAGCAAAAUAUUUUUCAUUCUGAAUCUCAUUGAACAACGCACAGCUACUGUUUCGUAUUGUGUUAUCAAUAAGGACAUUGUCAAAUAAAAUGCAGCAGC